AUGGCCAACUGGGGAACACUGAACCUUCCAAGGGGCAAUAGAAGGACAACAAAAGAAGGAUCCAGUGAUAUGAAAUUCCAGAACCUCUGUCUGCCAAAAAAUAGGUCAUGGCCUCGAUUCAACAGUGCCACAGGCCAGUACCGGACUAUUGAUGAGCCUCUUCUCCACUGUGAAAGGAACUCUGCUGCGGCAGUCCUGGGUAGAGAUAAAGACCAGAACGAUGACGACUAUGAAGACCCCGAGCUUCACAUGGUAGAGGCAUGGCAACCAAUAAAAAUUUUACCAGCCAGACCUAUAAAGGAAUCGGAAUAUGCAGAUACACGUUAUUUCAAGAGUGCGAUGGACACUCCCCUUUCCUUAGACACCAAGACCUCUGUCCCCAUGGAGCAUCAUCACUGGCACACACAGAUGGGGCUAGGAAAAGUGGACGAAUCCAUUUCCAAGGAUUCCAGAAACCAACAUGUUAAAGGAGACAGACCCACAAAAGGAAGCAAGACUCCUCUACCACCUCCUCGGCCACCCGUCACUCUUCCAAAGAAAUACCAGCCCUUGCCACCCCAGCCAGAGAGCAGCUGGUCACCCCCCCCUCAGAGGCUCGGCUUUCCUGAAGUCCAGAAAGGACCCAGGCAAAUAAGCUUAAAGGACUUAAGUGAGGUCCUAGGAACAGAGAGAGUUCCUCAUUAUCAGAUGAAGCCUGAAUCAAUUCACCUGUCACAAACUCAAAGUAUUCCAGAGAUCCCUCUUGUCACUGCCAGCUCACCAUUCAUGAUGAGGAAUCACAGUGUACAAAAUAGAGACCAUAAAGAAAGCAUGCAGUUCCAUCCUCAGAGAUGUCAAUCUCCAGCCCGUUACAGCCCUCAGGAAAAUUUGCUUCACUAUAAAAACACAAGCUGGAGAAAGACUUCCCCCACAAGUUCUGAUGAAAAGGACGUCCAGAACAACGACUGGUACAUUGGAGAACACAGUCGCCAGGCAGUAGAAGAGGCAUUAAGGAAGGAGAACAAGGACGGCACUUUCUUGGUCCGAGACUGUUCCACGAAAUCCAGGGCAGAACCCUACGUGUUGGUGGUGUUUUACGGGAACAAAGUCUACAAUGUGAAAAUCCGUUUCCUGGAGAAGAAUCAGCAGUUUGCCCUGGGGACAGGACUGAGGGGAGAUGAGAAGUUUAAUUCAGUAGAAGACAUCAUCGAACACUACAAGUAUUUUCCCAUCAUACUAAUUGAUGGGAAAGACAAAACUGGAAUCCACAAGGAGCAAUGCUACCUGACUCAGCCCCUCCCCCUCAGCAGGUGCUUCUCACCUUGGUAG